GGAUGUCCGGCAAGGGCGGCCGGCGCAAAGAGCAGGGGAGAGUGACCUUCCCUCAACACCAGCAGCAACAGCAGCAGCAGCCGCGAGAAGAGGACGAGGACGACGACGACGACGAAGAGGAGGGAGAGGAGGAAGCGGACGGGACCGCGGAAGAGGAGCAGCCGCGGUUACGCCGGGGCUGGAGGGGGGUCAAUGGGGGGCUAGAGCCCCCUCUGCACCCGGCGGUGAGGACCCAGAGAGAGAGGUGCGGCUACUACCCGCCCUCGCCAGUGAUGGGCACCAUGUCCAUUGAUGGAAGCCCUUCUUUGAGACGUAUGACUGUGAUGAGGGAAAAGGGAAGGAGGCAAGCAAUCAGAGGUCCAGCCUUUAUGUUCAAUGACAGGGGCACAAGCCUCACAGCAGAAGAAGAGCGUUUUCUGGAUGCAGCAGAGUAUGGGAACAUCCCCGUGGUACGCAAAAUGCUGGAAGAGUCAAAGACAUUGAAUGUCAACUGUGUUGACUAUAUGGGCCAAAAUGCCUUGCAGCUUGCUGUGGGAAAUGAACAUUUGGAAGUGACAGAACUUCUGUUAAAGAAAGAGAAUCUGGCACGGAUUGGAGAUGCCCUGCUGCUUGCAAUCAGCAAAGGAUACGUCCGUAUAGUGGAAGCAAUCUUGAAUCACCCUGGCUUUGCAGCAAGCAAGCGACUAACACUAAGUCCCUGUGAGCAGGAACUCCAGGAUGAUGAUUUCUAUUCAUAUGAUGAAGAUGGGACCCGCUUUUCCCCAGACAUCACUCCCAUCAUUUUAGCUGCUCAUUGUCAGAAGUAUGAAGUGGUACACAUGUUGUUGAUGAAAGGGGCAAGGAUAGAGAGACCUCAUGAUUAUUUUUGCAAAUGCAGUGAUUGCACUGAGAAACAAAAGGUUGAUUCCUUUAGUCAUUCCAGGUCAAGGAUAAACGCAUAUAAGGGACUGGCAAGUCCUGCCUACCUGUCACUGUCUAGUGAAGAUCCGGUUCUCACUGCUCUAGAACUUAGUAAUGAGCUUGCCAAAUUGGCUAAUAUUGAAAAAGAAUUUAAGAAUGACUAUCGCAAGCUGUCUAUGCAAUGCAAGGAUUUUGUGGUUGGUGUCCUUGAUCUUUGCCGAGAUUCUGAAGAAGUAGAAGCCAUUUUAAAUGGAGAUUUGGAGGCUGAGCCGGUGGAAACACAGAGACACAGAGCUUCAUUGAGUCGUGUCAAACUAGCAAUUAAAUAUGAAGUCAAAAAGUUUGUGGCCCAUCCAAACUGUCAGCAACAGCUGUUGACUAUCUGGUACGAAAACCUCUCAGGAUUACGGGAACAGGCCAUAGCUAUCAAGUGUCUAGUCGUGUUGGUAGUUGCUCUGGGCCUUCCAUUUUUGGCCGUUGGGUACUGGAUGGCACCAUGUAGCCGGCUCGGAAAAGUUCUCCGAAGUCCAUUCAUGAAGUUUGUGGCUCAUGCGGCAUCAUUUAUUAUUUUCUUGGGGCUGCUGGUAUUCAAUGCUUCAGAUAGAUUUGAAGGCAUCUCAAUUUUACCAAAUGAGACAGUUACUGACUACCCUAAACAGAUCUUUAGGGUUAAGACCACUCAAUUCACUUGGACAGAGAUAAUGAUCAUGGUAUGGGUGCUUGGUAUGAUGUGGUCUGAGUGCAAGGAGCUCUGGUCAGAAGGACCCAGAGAAUAUAUUUUACAGCUGUGGAAUGUCCUGGAUUUUGGAAUGUUAUCUAUUUUCAUUGCUGCUUUCACAGCCAGGCUGUUGGCAUUCCUGCAGGCUACAAAAGCGCAGCAGUUUGUGGACAAAAUGCCAGGGACAGACCUCCCUGUCACACUUCCACCAGACAUAGAAUAUUUUACAUAUGCGCGCGAUAAAUGGCUCCCGUCUGAUCCACAGAUUAUAUCAGAAGGCCUUUAUGCGAUAGCUGUUGUGCUUAGCUUCUCUCGGAUUGCUUAUAUCUUGCCAGCAAAUGAGAGUUUUGGACCAUUGCAAAUUUCACUUGGAAGGACAGUAAAAGACAUUUUCAAGUUUAUGGUCCUUUUUAUUAUGGUGUUCCUUGCAUUUAUGAUUGGAAUGUUCAUCUUAUAUUCUUACUAUCUCGGAGCCAAAGUAAACGCGGCUUUCACUACUGUGGAAGAAAGCUUUAAGACCUUAUUUUGGUCAAUAUUUGGUUUAUCAGAAGUAACAUCUGUUGUCCUUAAAUAUGAUCAUAAAUUCAUUGAAAAUAUCGGCUAUGUAUUGUAUGGAAUAUACAAUGUUACAAUGGUUGUGGUUUUACUCAACAUGCUAAUAGCCAUGAUCAACAGCUCAUAUCAAGAAAUUGAGGAUGACAGUGAUGUGGAGUGGAAAUUUGCUCGUUCUAAGCUCUGGUUAUCGUAUUUUGAUGAUGGAAAAACUCUGCCACCUCCAUUCAGUCUUGUACCAAGCCCCAAGUCUUUUGUGUAUUUUUUCAUGAGGAUCAUCAGAUUAUUCACAUGCAGGAGAAAAAGACUACAGAGGGAUAUAGAAAUGGGAAUUGGGAACUCAAAAUCCAGGCUAAAUCUCUUUUCUCAGUCCAACUCAAGGGUUUUUGAGUCACACAGCUUUAACAGCAUUCUGAAUCAGCCAACACGCUAUCAGCAAAUCAUGAAGAGGCUUAUAAAACGUUAUGUUCUGAAAGCACAAGUGGACAAGGAAAACGAUGAAGUCAAUGAGGGUGAAUUAAAGGAAAUUAAACAAGAUAUUUCGAGUCUUCGGUAUGAACUCCUUGAAGACAAGUCUCAAGCAACAGAGGAGUUGGCAAUUCUCAUACAUAAACUCAGCGAGAAACUCAACCCCAACAUAUCAAGAUGCGAAUGAUCUCAAAUGACAUAUCCUAAUUUAAUUCUUGGAUUUUGACCACAGCACAAGUUUUGGCAAUAAUAUUUCUGAGGGACUUAUACUUGAAAAGUAUAUAAUCGAUUUUUAGCACUAAAUAACUGUAUGUACAGCUUUGUUUGAAAUACAAUCAUAGGAAAUUUUAUGAAUUUCAUUCGAAAAUAUUAAAUUUAUUUAAUGUGUAUUAUAAAGCAUAGUUUACAUUUAUUUAAUAUGUUAAAAUUGUACCUUCUUGCAUUGCUAAUAGUUUUCUCAGAAAAAUGAAUAUUCUUUGCGCUGAACAAAGAAAAUUGUAGACCAGGGAUAGAUAGCUGUGGCUCUCUAGAUUUUUCUGGAUUGUAGUUCCCACAAUCUCUUACCAUUGGUUAUGGCUGCCAGGGCUGAAGAAAGCCACAGGCAAAAAAAAAAUAAAAAUAAAAAAAUAAAAAAAAAAUCUGUAGGACCACAGUUGUCCAACCCUGCUGUAGACUAAGGCUGCAACCCUAAAGCCACUUACUAGGGAGUAUACAUGUUUAGGAUUGUAUUGUAUUCUCUAGCAUGCUGGUAUGAACACAGUUCUGUGGAAUGUAUUAACUAAAGUUCAGCCAGCUCAGUGAAAGACUACUUGAAAUGAUCCAGCCAAAGUUAACUAUGUUUGACUUCCAUUGAUUUCAGUGACAUGUACUUUCUCACUGCACUGGAGCCAGAUAAUCAUACUUGGAGCAGACCCUUUCAAAUGAAAUGGAUAAGUAACUCAGUGCUAAUCAAAGUCUUGUUAAUUUCAUGAGUGUUCUCUAAGUAUGACAAAAGUUUAUUUAAUGGUUAAAAUUGAAAGUAUGUAGGGUUCAAAAGAUGGUGGGAACAGCAGCCCUGCUCCUUCAUGCACACUGAACCUGAAAGUCAUGCAGAUCUUUGCAUGUUCAGCACAAAGAUCUACACAGAUCUUGUGAGUGCAUUCAGCUAAAUUAGUUUAUCCUCAUGUCACCACCUUUGUUACAUACAACAUUCUUUCAGGUUUAACACCUGAAUAGGGCUGAAAUUGAGAUACCAUCCAGUAAAAUACAUGAAUCAGGCUAUAGGUUCUUAGAAGUACCCCCCUAAGCUUUUUGGGUCCAUAGGGCUGAAGUCUUUUGUUUGCUUAACUUUUACUGGAUCAUAUCCCCUUAUUUACCAGCUUUCUUAAUGAACAAAGAAGCCAUGGCACCGGCAACUGAGUGUUUAAUAACAGAGAUAAAAUGAAGCUAGAAUAUUAAUAGUGGUGUUACAUUUAAUUACAUACAUAGUUUGCACCGUAUUUGCUUUCAGAAUAGGGUGAUUUUUUUUUAACUUCUAACAAAUGUGAACUGUCAAACAUACAUUUUCAUGUGGUGAAGAUAAUUUUUUAAAAUUUAAGAUACUAUGCAGAGCUGAUAUUUUGUUACACUGUUCUGAAUAAUGCCUCUGAAGCU